AUGUCUGUCCGCGACAUUGCCAGAGGCAGCGGGUACAGCAUCACGACAGUGUACCGGUGGAUCAACAGAUGGCAAAGAGAAGGCUCCAUAUACGACAAGCCCAGGAGAGGAAGGCCCCGCGUCACGUCCUCAGAGCAGGACAGACAGAUUCUUCGGGCCAUCCACGCCUAUCCAAAGCAGGAUCCAGUGGGGAUUGUUCAGUCUCUCAACUACCGUUGCAGCUGGAAGACGAUUCAGCGCAGGCUGGAAGAACAAGGAGCCGCUCCGUUUGCAAACUUUCGCAGUGAAAGCCACUCCAUCCAAACCGAGCCAGAAACAGGUACAGAAAGAAUUUUCUUAGCCACUUGGAUGUGGGCAGGUCUGAUCCUCAGUACAGCCUACUGCGGCGUCCUAACGUCCCUGUUAGCAGUGCCCAAGGUCAGUGUGCCUGUGGAUUCCUUGCAGGAUCUCGUAGCUUACAAGAAAAUCCCCUGGGCUAUUGAACGAGGGACAUUUCUACAUCAGGUAUUCGCGGAAGCCACGUCAGGUGUUUACAAGAUGAUCAAUGACGGUGGAAGUCUGGUGACCAAUGGCUACGAUGAACGCGACCAUAUAAAAACCGGGCGAAUCGCAGUCCUUUGUGACGUCUUCACGAUGAAGAAGAUAAUGAGCGACGAUUACAGCGGCACAGGGGUUUGUAACUACUACAUAGCAGAGAAACCCAUCACGUCAGUGGCACUGGCCUUUGCUUUUCCUAAGGGCAGCGACCUCGUCCAACAUUUUGACCGCUGGUUGGGACCCUUAAAAGAAUCGGGCUUAGUUGGUCGAAGCGUUGCAUCCUUGACAGCCAAUGCAACAGCCUGCUUGGUAAAACCCGGAAAGGAAGGGGUGAAAGUGUCUUUGGUAAUCUCUCUGCAGGAUUUAGCCGGGUUGAUCAUCCUGACUGGAGCAGGUAUGUUGCUUGGAUUCAUCUCUCUGGUAUUAGAAUGGCUGACCGGUGUGUUUAAAAGCCCUUCCAUGAACUGA